AUGGCCAAAGGCGCACGCGCAAGCAGCAAAAAGGCGAACCGCACCAAGCUGCGCGCCCGAGUUUUCGGCCCUGUCGAGCAGGCACGCGCCGAGCGCCUGCACGCCAAACUUCUCGAGACGAUUGCCCAGCCCAAGCCCGAGAGGACUGAGAUGGAAACCGAAGAAACCAACACCACCGACGAUGCCGCCAAGGAGGACUUGCCCAAAGAUAUGGACGUCGACGGCACCGCCACCUCUGCGAAGAGCUCGAGCUCGCGCAAGACCAAGGACAAGAGCCAGACCCGGAAACAACUGCGACGCAAGCCCCAGAACAAGGUCUCCUUCCCUACUUCACGAGGUAAGGGCGCACUGAAGCCCAAUGGUGGACGUCCCAGCGGCCCCGGCCGUAUCGGCAAACGACGAGCAUGA